CUAUGACUAAUAUUAAUAAAUUUUCCAAAAUCAUGUUAGUUCGUAUGAAAUGUCAUAAAUAAUUUCGGUAAUCUUGUCAUUCGGUUUACUAAAUCAUUUCUUAGUGUAAAAUGGCUUAUUUAAAAUUAUUUCGUUCAGCUAAACCGACAGCUAAUGUGACAAAAUAUUUUAACAGAAACCUAAUAAGAAAUUAUAGUGAGGGAGGAUGUAGUAAAGCUGAAUUUGUACCCAUCUGUGAACCGCUCGGUAUCGGUACCAGAAUUUCAUGGGAUAAUCAGACGAAAAAAAUAUACUGGGUGGACAUACCCAACGGAAACGUACAUACUUACGAUCCUAAAUGUGGAAAAUGUGUCAAAGCUAAAGUCACUAACGAACCGUUGGUGUUUAUGUUCCCUAUCGAAGGAUCUGAUACCAGACACAUUGCUGGUAUUGCGAGAAAAUUUUGUUUUGUCGAUUGGGAUGGAAAAUCGGAUAAAGUUCAAAAAGUCGAAGUGCUACAAGAAAUUGAUACAGAACCGGAAUUGAAAGAUAACGCUCUUAAUGGUACCAAAGUUGAUCCUUGGGGAAGGUUAUGGUCAGGUACUAUGGGACCUUUUUAUCCGGAAAAAGCGUUUUUCGAGCCGGGGCGAGGGCAAUUGUACAGUAUAGAAAAAGGUGUGAUAAAAAAACAUAAAAGCAAAGUGGGAAUUUGCAAUGGUAUGGCGUGGAACACGGAAACAAUGAAAAUGUAUUGGAUAGACACGCUAGAACACAAAGUAUUCGAAUACGAUUUCGAUGACGGGAAAAUGUGUAAUGAAAGAGUUGCUUUUGAUUUUAAAGCUGAAUGUUUGGAUGGUAAACCUGACGGUUUAGCGAUGAACAACAAAGGUGAAUUGUGGGUGUGCGCGGUUUUCGCUGGAUUUCUCGUAAAAUUCCACCCGAAAAAUGGAAAAAUCAUAGAAAAACUCAAAGUCCCAUCGCCACAGGUUACAUCGGUGUGUUUUGGAGGGGAGAAGCUCGAUUUGAUGUUUUGCACUACUGCUAAUCUAAACUACGGCGGGAAAAAGCCGCCAGGACCGGCGGGAAGUACAUUCAUGAUUAAAAAUACAGGGGAAAUUGGUACCAUUGAUCCUAGAUAUAAACCUUGUUAAAUGUCACUGUGAUUUUGGAAUUUAUUUUUGUGUCGAGUGUAUUUUGAGGGGUUAUUAAAGAAAAUUAUAGUGUAA